AUGAUUGUCAAGAUGCGAUUACAGUUGUGUCUCUUCUCAGUUUUUGCCGCAUUCGCUGCGGCAUCAGCAACUAACAACCACCAUCUUCCCAAGCGACCAAACACCAUUCCCGCCCCAUAUGACUCUGGUACACCAAUGCCAUGUUCGCCGGCACGAGAUCCCAAACGUUUUUGCUUUGUCAAUCCAGGAACAGCCUCAGACCGCGACGACGCAGCAUGCAUCCUCGAUUCUUUCCAUAAGUGUAAUGACGGCGGUACAGUCGUACUCGAUCAAUCAUACCUUAUAGGCUCACCUCUAGAUCUUACAUUUCUCAAACAUAUUGACGUCAAUAUCACCGGCGAAAUACACUUCGAUGCAAGUGAUGUCUACUACUGGGCAGAGAACAGCUUCAAGUACGAUUUCCAAAAUCAAUCCGUGUACUGGAAGUGGGGUGGUGAGGAUGUGAAUAUCUACGGAGAUCUGAGCAGGGAGAAGAGCGUUCUUGAUGGGCAUGGCCAAGCUUACUGGGAAGAGAUUCAGACCAACAAAAGUUUACGACGACCUAUGUUGUUCGCCUUUGAUGGGAUGGAGGGAGCUACGAUGUCAAAUCUGCGCAUGCGAAACUCGCCGCAUUGGUUCAAUAUCAUCGCAAACAGUAGCGACAUUCUGAUCAGUAACAUGGAUCUACGAGCAGAGAGCCUGAACGACGUCGAGAUAGCCAACUCCGACGGCUGGGAUACCUACCGCUCAGACCGCGUCGUUAUCCAGGACUCAUACAUCAUCAACACUGAUGACUGCGUCUCGUUCAAACCCAACAGUACCAACGUCGUCAUUCAGAAUUUGGACUGCACAGGAUCCCAUGGAAUGAGCGUAGGCUCUCUAGGUCAAUACGCCAACGAGACCGAUAUCGUGGAAAACCUCUAUAUAUACAACGUCUCCCUUACGAACGCUAGCGACAGCGCUCGAAUUAAAGUGUGGCCAGGUAUUCAAACGAGCUUCCAAACGCUGCUGAAUGGCGGCGGCGGUCUUGGGCGAGUAAGGAAUGUCACAUACGACACGUUCCGUGUUGAUAACAACGACCGCGCGAUUACCAUCACACAGUGCUAUGGGCAAAAGAACCAGACGCUUUGUUCUGAACAUCCUGCAAAUUUGACGAUCUCCGAUAUCACUAUCAAGAACAUGUACGGAACUACAUCUGGGAAGGAAGAUCCCGAAGCAGGUACCUUGGUCUGCAGCGCGCCCGACAGAUGCAGUAACAUCCGCGCUGAGAACAUUACUGUUCAAGUACCCAGUGGAGAGCCGCCUGUCUAUGAGUGCAGAAACGUCGAUCCAAGCCUGCUGGAUAUCAGUUGCAUGGCGACUAAUGAGACGGAAAGGGACACUACACAGGGCUGA